AUGCCUUCAAGCACUUUCUCCGGAACUGUGAGCUCGCCGAAGCUUUCGGUGGCCGUCGACAUGGGCAAUCCUUUCCUUAACCUCACCGUCGAUGGUUUCCUCAAGAUCGGCGCUGUUGGAGUCACUAAAUCUCUUGUAGAAGACACGUACAAAGCCAUCGACAAAGGGAGUCUCUCCAAGAGCACUAUUGAGAGUGCGCUUAAGAAAAUGUGCAAAGAAGGUGUUUACUGGGGAUCUGUGGCUGGAAUUUAUGUGGGAACUGAGUACGGAAUCGAACGUGUCCGUGGCACGAGAGAUUGGAAAAACGCAAUGUUGGCAGGAGCAGCGACAGGAGCGUUGAUCUCUGCGGCUACGAACAAAGGAAAUGACAAGAUCGUGCUCGAUGCCAUUAUGGGUGGAGCGCUUGCAACCGCGUCUCAGUUCCUUAACAAUCAUUACUUCAUCUAA